CCCCCUGCCACCACAGAGGGGCUGGAAGACAGCAGGAGGAUCAGCUGCUGAUAGAUGCGGCACCGCAGAGAAGCUUCUAGUAACGAAGAGGUCAGGCGAAAGAAACGCUGGACCACUGGAACAUCUGCUUUCUACUCCUCCUGUUCAUAGUGAGAUCAGCGCCUAAAGAGGACAGGUUCAGAUCAGUCCAGGAAGGAAGCACGCCUCCUUAAAAGCAUCUGCAUCCAUCCCUCCUCAUCAGCGCUUCCCUUGGAUCAUCUCCUGCUCUCUGUCCCAUCUGAGACCCCACCAUGGACCGCUCGACCCAGGAGCUGUUCCUGAACUUCAUGAUCGUCUUAAUCACUGUGCUGCUGAUGUGGCUGCUGGUGAAAACUUACCAGGACUGAAGCAUGGAGCUACAGGAGAGAAGCGAGGCCAAGGGGAUGGAGGAAAGUCAGCAUGGUUCCUGUAGGACUGUUUACAAUGUGUACAUCGUUCCAUUCAUUUAGAUGGUCUACGGCUAGAGCUGUUCCAAAGAGGUCAAAUAUCACGUGAGUGCCACAGCCAGAUGAGCAGAUUUGCCAAAGACCGACGAGUUUGGGAUAUGUGUUUGCUUUCUGAGAUAUUUUUUGAAUGUGGCCCUAAAUAUUUCUGGCGAGGGCCAACAGAGAUGGGAGGGUGAAUAAAAUAAACAAACCGGGGGUGGGGGCUCUACUUCUUCCCUGUGGAGGGUUAGAAAACACUAUAAUGUCACCAUGUCAUUCGUGUGACCUGUGCUAGAUUAAUCCAUGCUGUCGUGUCCAUCCUGUUUCCACCAAGCGAUUAACAAGAAGAAGAAGACAUCAACACAUAUAAUGAAGCAUAUUAUGUUUAUGUUCACAGUUCUUGCCAUUAAACAGUCUUUCAUUUG